AUGCUCUAUCUUGUCAAAUGGCAAGGCUAUGGUGAGGAGCAGUGUACGUGGGAGCCAUCUGAACAUUUCAGUAACCCCCAGACGUUGAAGGAAUGGCACGAAAGACUUGCUAUUGGAGAUACUUUGGAUGAAGACGAAGUCACCACUCUUGAGAAGCGCAUGGCCGUAUUUAGUGAACAACAGGACGGGAUUGAAAGACGGGAUGAGGAUGAACAACAACUAGUGGAAGAUGAACCGCCCCGAGCCUCAAAGCGUCGACGCCUUAUCAAUGGUCAAAAACCGCAUGAGUUAUCGUCAUCGUUUUCAGUAUCCUCGUCAUCAUCUGACUCUGACACUCCAUUGUCACUACGAAUCACCAAAGCUUCGAGUACUUCAGGUGUCAGACCCAUUCUAGGGGUUCAUGGGCUCGACGCCUCUGCGCCAGAAACGAUGUCAGUCCCGACUACCAGCUCCACGGGUUCCAUUACCGGGUCAGCGUUCAUUCAAGAGCCUCGUAGCUUCAAGUCUUCUUCUUCCAAGCUGUUACCCAAGCAUGAGACUCACAAAGGCAAACACCCAGAGAAUCGAGCAUUACCACCACCCUCCAAAGCUCAAAUAACUCUGAAGUCCCGUCUAACGACGUCUAAACCACAAGGAGACGGCACUACCACAUCAACAGCAGCACCUAAAGGAGACGCCAUAUCCCGGAGACCUAGCUUGGGCCGCCUGGCAGAAAGCCGGGCAGGCGAAAGAUUCAAGAACUUGAGGCACCAAAACAAUUAUAUGAAGAAAAACCGCCGAGAAGGUAUUCCAGACGUCUCUAAAAUGCAGUUGAUGGCUCCUGAAGACUGGAAUCAGUUGCCGCUAAAGCCUCAACCACCGAUUGCACCCACAUCGACCACUGAUUCCUGGCUUUUUCUUCCAGACGAUGGAAAUGCCGCAGUUGCCUCUCCUAUUUCGAUGGGAGGCUCAAGCGAUCAGGCUAUGUCAAUGGACGAACAGAAUCCAGCUAGCCCGCUACCAAAGGUCCUCGAGAAGGCACCAGCCGAUAAUCCCGAGUGUGGACACUUCCCCAACGUCCAAGGCACCGUAGCCAACCCCGCUGUGUUUGACAAAAAGGACGUCCAACCAGAGCACAGAUCGAGCUUUUCUGUGAACCCGAGUGUUACGCUAGACAAACCAAAAAAAGUCCCACAAGUGCCUUCACUUCUACAACAGGGCAAUACAUCGAACGCGCCUUCGCUCCAAACGAAGCAGAAGGCGGGCUUCUCGACGGAUGCGACUGUCAUGCUUGAUAAGAGGAGGAUCUUAGAACCCUCUCAAAGGCAGGGCCAAGGCAGUGCCUCAAAUCCAGAUCUUUCGGACCCAAGUCUAGAACAACGGAACCGUAGAGUGAGCUUUUCAGCAAACCCAACUACCUUGCUAGACGCGGGAAAAGACUUACAACCAACAGUGGUCAAUCCCUUUCAACCAUUGCUUAGAAAUCUAAGCCUAUCCACGAUGAGCGCAAAUACCGGGCUUUACGGGCCCCUUGAAGUUACCCCUAGAAGCGGUCGCUUAUUCACUAGGGGCGUAGAAGUGCUCGUUCACCUCUCUCUCAAUGGAUAUUCAGUGGGUGAUGUAAAGCUACUUCGAAUUCCGCAUUGGCUCAUCAAGAAGCUUGUCGUGUUGAAACAUCCUGGGGAAAAAGUCUUGAGAGUUGAUUUCCCACAACUAGGGGUUAGGACGUGGGCUGACUACUCUGACCUAGAGCUAGCCGGGAUGAAAUCAGUUAUUGUGGUCGGAGAGAUCCAGCCAUACGAGGACACAGCGGCGCCCUUGAAUUUAUUGGCCGACUACUUGGAAAAGGAAAGUGUGUGCGCUCUGUGGAUCUACCCAGAACCUGUCGAACCUGUGGUGAUGAUCCUAUAUCCGCAUGCCGCGCCUCAAUGGAGCCACCUCGGAAAGGGCAUAGCACCUGCAUUCCACAAUAGCAGGCUACACCUUUUGAUUCGCAAUACGACAACUUCGCUCUAUCCCAGACUCCGGCCACACGAGCAAGCUCUGUUACGACAAAGUUCUGGGUUCAUCACAAACACGGGGCCGGAAUAUAAUGCCGAGGUGAACAGAAUUGAUGCCGAUCUUGAACGCACGACUAGCCGGAGUCGAAGAUCGUCAAUGGAACUACCAUCGGAGAAGAUCUCAGAUCCUCAUUACCGUGGCACAUUUUCACGAGAUGAGAUGGCCGGUCGGGAUGCUACCAGAAUAAGUUCCAAUGACAAAAAUCACGACCCACGCCGCACGUCCACCACUGAUCCCAGCGGGAGUCGAAGAUCGUCGAUGAACCUAUCGUUAGAGAAGAUAACCGACGCUCGUUUCCGUGGCACACUGACACGAGACGACACGUGUCCGCAAGAUGGCGCGGUCAAGACAAACUCUGGAGACAAGAAGUGGGAUCCACAGCCCCUUUCAACUGCCGAUUUCCAAUUCUUGAUCACAGCCUCAGCCCGCCUCAAAAUAGAACCGAGGCAUGCGAGGGUCUUCGUUGCGUUUGAUAGGACACACCCAUAUGAGGCAAGAACAGUACUGCAGUGGCUCGGUGAACACAUAAGCAGUCGCAACAUAUUUUCUGCCACCGAGAGGAAUGGAUGGGAAGAGUUCUGUGAAGCAUUUGAAGGCAAGGUCGGCGUUGCCCUAUUCCAUGAUCAGGUGCCCCAUUACACGUCCCUACCGAAACUGAGCUCAUGGUUGAAGCGGGAUGGGUUGGCAUGUUUUAACGUCACGUUCGAUGAGUUGACGGGCAAGAUUUCUUUCUCGCGGAUUUUCCCACGUGGAACAGUGUUGGCCUUGACGGAAGGAUGCAUGACCGGAUGCUUAGAACAGUCGCUGACCAUAGUCAAUUGGUUUGAAGAGCGCUCGCGAGGGAAGUCCUCGAGUUGGAAACUGCUUUUAUUUCCCAAUGCGAUUGAACAUUGCUUCCACAGAUUAACUGUGCCUGGCGUGGGCUCGGAUAGCAAAAGAACACUUGGAGAGGUACUAGCGAUCAUACUCCGACUGAAGAAAGGGUCAGACCGUACAAAUCCAACCAUGGAUCCCGACGAUUAUAUCAUAGGCGAAAAUCUCGACCGCCAGCAUGGCAUUGAUGAUAGUUUCAUCGUGUCACCGAACCUACCGUCCGAUCAAAGUGGCACAACGAUAUCAUCUGACGGGCCAGCGCUUCGUGCUCGGGAUCGGCGAUUCAUGGAGUUUAUACUCGGUUGGGCGUCGAUGAAUUGCGUCCAAUACAGAAGAUUUGUUGCGAUCGACGACAUUGUGCGAAACCACGCAGAGCCACACUCUUGCCACGUGGGCAUGACGCAUCCAGAUAAGUUUCUUCAAGCGGAACAGCUAACACGAAAAUGA